AUGCCCCGGCCCCCAAAGGUCCGGCCGGAGGAGACCAAGCUGAACGAGCUCGAAGCGACGUCGAUCUGCGGGAAUGACAUCACAGCCAGCUGCUUUUACGUCGUGGGGCAGCUGUGCAAGGACAGUGGCGUGUACGCGCCACUGUGCACGGUUUUCGCCGCAACUGUGCUGUUUUGCUAUCGAAAGGUGUACACCGAGGUGGUGUGCGCCUUGCCCCUGAAUGGGGGACUCUACAACGUGAUGCUGAACAGCGGAUUCUCCAAACGAAGCGCGGCCGCGACCGCGUGUCUGACCAUCUUGUCCUACACGGCGACUAGUGUGGUGUCCGCGGUCAGCGCGAUGCACUACUCCGGCGUCGCCGACGAGGACUGGCAGCUCGCGGGGUCGCUCCUCAUCCUGGUGACGUUCGCGCUGCUGCUGCUCAGCGGCAUGAAGGAGUCCGCCCGCGUGGCCAGCGUCCUGUUUGUGUUCCACUUGGUCACCAUGACCCUGCUCCUGACCGCCUGCGUGGUAACGACGGUGCAGCGGUGGGAGAUGUUUUUUUCCCGGGACAUCGGCCACAUGAUCGCGAAAACCGCCAUUAAGACGGACAGGAAAUCUCUUUUCCCCAUCUGGUCCUCCACGACCACGCAAACGGGAAGUAGAAGCGACGAUGGCAAUUACACGGGUGCUGGGACGGCCAGCACCAGCCGUCAACUUCUAGGCACCAGUCCGCCUUUACUGUUGGACAAUCGAGGACGCUCCCCUCCUGUAACUUCUUCCAGUGGCGCACUCGCACUGCAGUUGCAGCAGCAAAGUUUGUUUGCAAGCAACGCCGUAGCGUUUGCGGACUCGGAUCCGCACCUGUCGCGCGUUGGCGACGAAGACCACGGCAAGAAGACGCACAUUCCGCACACGCACAAGAUCUUCCACAAGAAUUUGGUCUGGUCGGGCCAGCGCCCGCCUUUUGAGAGUGUUUUUUACGGAUUUUCCACGGCCAUGCUGGGGGUGUCAGGCUUCGAGAGCAGCGCUAACUUUGUGGAGAAUCAGGAGCCGGGGGUGUUUCCAAAAACCUUGCGGAACAUGUGGGCUUCCGUGUCGGUGUUGAACGUGGCGUGCUCCUAUCCAGGAAAAAAUACCCAUCCCCAUCCAAUUUGUCAUGCACAACAUGCAUAAGUCCGCCAUUUGUCACGCAAAAAAUGGAUGGGGAUGGGUGUUUUUUCCUGGAUAGCUCCUUCUUCGUCCUGUGCCUCGUGCCACUCGACGAGCUGGCGGAAGGCCGGUCGGACGACGCACUGGCUUUUCUGGCUGAGGAAGUCACCACCGAUUUACUGGGCGGCCCCUGGUUCCUGCAGUGGAUCCGGGUCGACGCUUUUCUAGUGUUGGCCGCCAGCGUGCUUACCUCGUUCGUCGGUGUCACGGGCCUGCUAAACCGUAUGGCGUUGGACCGCUGUCUCCCGGAAUUUUUCACCGACACGCGUCCGUUCUGGUCUGAGGUCUUUGCUAGCUGCUUUUGCUGUGGCUGGUUUCGGUCCACAGGAGCUUCAAGAAAUUCUGACACAGACGUGGACGACGUCGGUCCUCCUCAUGCCGCAACAGCAAUGGCUUCGUCCCGGGAGGACGAAGCUCAAGCUGCUGCAACCUCCGGUCAACUAGGUGGCGCAGGGGCGGCGGGACUACCUCCACCUCUAGAAAGCACUCGCACCAGUGGCCGAUCCACCAGCCUUUUGAUUGAAGAUCAUCCGGCCACAGAACAAGAUGGCGCAAACUUCUACCCACGACAGCACGCUAUUGGCCCAGCUGCGGAAAGUACAACUGGAAAUCCAGGUACAGCAGCUGCAGUCAACACGAUGAGCAAGAAGCGUCGCAAGAAAACCGAGGAGGCCCCUCCCUGGGCGUGCGUCGUGUUUUUCCUGGUUGUGUGUCUCACACUGUGCGUGGCGCUGCGGGGCGACAUCGGACUUUUGGCCAACAUGUAUAGCAUGAGCUUUUUGCUCGUCAUGUCGAUGUUCGGGGUCGGCGGGGUGGUUAUGAAAUACGCGCGCCCCUCCCUCCCCCGCCCGGCGCGUUACCCGGCGCAUUGGUUUGUUUCUGCCACCCUCUUCACGCUCGUUGCCUUCCUGGGCGCGCUGGUAAGAAACGCAGAGGUUUUCGCCGAUUUUGUUGUCUUCUUCGUUUUCGCCGUCAGCUUCGUCAUGGUCACGUACUAUCGCGUCCUUCUUCUCUCGGUUUUCCUGUCUUUCCUCGAUAGGUUCUCUAGCACGAUGAUAUACCGUGCCUUUGCGAGGCUUUCCUCGUGGUGUCUCGGGUUGAAUCAAGGAGAAGCUACCACUUCUCCUCCUGCCGGCGGUACAGGAGCGUGGAUGAGCCGAGAAGAAAAAACGUCACUCGGAAGGAGCCCGCAUCAAGGCCCUUCAGCGAAAAAUGACGUCGCUAUGAAAUCCACGCCGAUGCUCGCUGCUGCCGUGCACAACCAGGGACGAGGGGAAAAACCUGACGGAGGAGGUGCGGAUAGUCACAUUGUCAAGAUGAACGGGGCCCUCGUGACUAGUCCUGGCUCGUCGGCGGAAGGCGGCGCUGACGCGACUACCUCAAACGCGGUGCAUUCGCGGAGAUCCUCCCAUUCCUCAACCAGCCAAACGGCCAGGCCCCGGUGGUCCGCUUUCGUUCUUGACGAGUUGCGCCGCAUUCGCCAGCAGGGAGUCGUUUUUUUCAGCAAAAACGCCGACAUCGCGCAGCUAAACCAGGUGUUGCAGUACAUCUUCCAGAACGAAGACACAAAACGGGUGCAGAUUGUGCACUGCACAGAAUCGGGCCAGCUUCCGCCCCACCUGGCGGAGUAUGUGGCGCUGCUCAAUUGCAUCUAUCCAGACGCGAAGAUCGACCUUUGCAUCGUGAAUUACCCUUUCACACCGGCGGUGAUCCCGUACUUGGAAAAAAAACUCGCGAUUCCCGCAAACUGUAUGUUCAUUACGUGCCCAACCGCCAACUUCAAGCACCGUUUGGCCACUUAUGAAAGUCGAAAAAUGAUCGAAACCACCUCUCCCUCCGAAGAAGAUUGGGUGGCGGUUAUUCCAGAAAGCAGAUCUGCUCCUGCGACUGUGAGGACAGACGACAAAAGCCCAACUAACAAGAUCAAGAUCCAGCUUUUGGUGUAUGCAGAACCUUGUUCAGCCGAACAGCUCUAGUGUAGUUUGGGCUUCCAGGAGCACGAGCAGGACUUGAUGAUAUAGUGCGGAAUCUUGGUGGUCAAACACCGCUGAUGGUUUGGCGCUCAUAUUAUGAUUUCUGAGAUCUUGCCCGAGAAAAAAUAAUGGAGAGUGGGGGGUUGGUUCUGAGCUUUUCCACUUCCAUAUAGUUUUAGGCGGCGUGCGAGUUAUUCUUAACGACCACGCCGACGACUACGAUCUCGGGAAUGCGCAGCAGUUUUUCCCUGCAUUUGGCGGAAGUGGAUCAGUUUUCUCGUCCUGUUCAUCUCCAGCACAGCCAUCAGGGGGGAGCGCAAGUAAGACCGGUGGACCAAAAUACCAAGUAGUGCAAGAUGAUGAAGAACGGGGGCCCUAAUUUUGUCCUCAGGUCAUGAUGUGCCAGAUCUUAUACCUCUUGGCGAGGAAAAAUUCGCGUAGCUGCAGCCAGUGCUCCUAUUUUUGAUGAUGAAGAUGACUCUUUUAUUAUUUAUUAGUAUUGCAAAUGCAUGGCUUGAGGAACAACAAAUCAAAGACCAAGACGCCAGGAGACUAAAAAAGUCUCGAGAGAAGUUCGUAUCAUAUGCUGCACGCAGAAGCAAGUCGCAAUAU